GCAGCACCACACAGUUGCUUACAAAGUUCAAGUGGUACAGACAUUUAUAGUACAAGUUAAAGCGGCAAUAACAAUGAAGUGGUUCUCGCUGUUCAUCUUAAUGCUGGCACUAUGCGCCGUUUCCAGAGCAAACCCCGUACAACGCUUAAUUCGCCAGGGCACUGUUCGCUUUCCCAAAAUUACCAUCAAAAGGGAUAACAUUAUCGUCCAUGGUAAUUGCAAUAAAUGCAAUGUGCGUACAACUCACAAUUCAGCUCAUUUAACGAUGAAGUGGCCUUGAGUUAGUCUCUCUGGGCGUUUACUUUAGUUUUUGUUUAAAACAAAUGGUGCCAAUAUAGCUAAUAAGUUUAUGUACGUAUUUAUUGAAUCCCGAAAGUGUCUCUAAAAAUCACAGCGCUGCUAUUAAGUUACGUUCAUAUCGUGCAUUAAAUGAAAUAAUUUGUCACAUACUAUAAUCAUGUACUUUUAACAUUUUAGAAUAGGUAGAAUUUUGUUUAAAAAUA